UAGUCAUAUAUGUUCACAAAUAUUGCUCAAUCUACUAGAAAAUAGAAAUCAAUGGCUGAAUCCAUUAAACCACACGCAAUCAUGGUGGAAUUCUUAUUCCAAGGCCACAUUAACCCUUUUGCGAAUCUUGCCAUUGGCCUCGCUUCAAAGGGUUGUACCGUCACUUAUGUCCAAACCGAGUUCAUCCACAAUCAGAUGUCUCAGGCCAGCCAAAACCCCGGCUUCCUCUUCUCGACUGCUCGUGGCUCGGGUCUCGAUAUCCGUCACAAAACCAUUUCUGACGGAUUCCCGUUGGAUUUCGACCGGGAUUUAAAUUUCGACGAAUUUUUCAGCUCUAUAGUGCGGGACUUCCCCACCCGCGUGGACGAGCUGGUCGGGAGGAUCGUGAGGACGGAGCGAGGGCGUGACACGUCGACCUUCUUGGUCGCGGACGCUUAUUAUACUUGGCCGCCGGAAGUGGCGGUCAAGUACAACUUGGUGUAUGUGUCCUUCUGGCCUUCACCAGCUGAACGGCUGUCGGUCGGCCAUCAUUUGGCUCUGCUCGAAGAGAAGGGCACUCCCAUCACCUAUGAUAAUUACAAGGAUCAUAUAGAGGAAAUAACAGAAGUUGUGAAGUCAAAAAAUAUAGGAGAUGUCAUCAAAUACAGCUCUCCUAGAGAUGCCCCUUUCUGCCCAGAAAUCUUGAUGGAGACAAUAAUGAAAGCACAUCUUCAAGUAAGAAAAGCCCAUUUCAUACUCUGCAACACAGUGGAGGAGCUCGAACCACACACCCUUUCAACUCUAAACCAAAAGCAGUACCUCCCAACUUAUGCAAUCGGCCCCACUAGUCUACUUUCUUCAACCUUGGCACCAGUGAGCAGCCUAAUACCCGAGGUGGACUGUCUCGAAUGGCUAAGUUCCAAGCCCCCUCGUUCGGUUCUUUUCAUCGCAUUUGGCAGCAUUGCUCCGGUCGAGAAAAAUGUGAUCCGAGAGAUUGCUCAUGGACUAGCCACCAGUGGGGCGAAUUUCGUGUGGGUUCUGAGGCCGGAUAUGGUGAUAAAUGAGGAGAACGACGACGUUCUCCCGCCAGGGUUUGAGGAAGAAAUUGUUGGCCGAGGGCUAAUAGUUCCCUGGUGUGAUCAACGUAAGGUGCUAGCAAGCCCGGCUGUCGGGGGAUUCCUGACGCACUGCGGAUGGAGCUCGAUUCUCGAGAGCAUGUGGUUUGGAGUUCCCAUGCUCUGCUACCCGAUUUUGGCGGAUCAGCCUAAUAAUAGGAAUAUGGUGGUGUGUGAUUGGAAGAUCGGGAUGAAUCUUUGCGACGAGCAAGAGAUUUCGAGGCGGGAAGUGGAGGAGAAGAUCAAGGGUUUAAUGAGGAGUGGAAAUGAGGUGAGAAUGGAGAUGAAGAAAGUGAAGGAGCUUGUGCAUAAUGCAUUGGGCCAAGAUGGAUCAUCCCAUGCUAAUAUGAAUAGGUUUCUGAGUGAUUUGAAGAAAAAGAUGUGCAUGAUGGAAAAAUAAAUUUUUAGAAUAGACAUCCUUGUGUUUUAUUUGGAGCAAUUUGGUUUUGAUCUAAUUUUGCCAAAAAUGGGUGUUAGACAAGAAAUUGUCACAUUUCACAGAAAAAGAUGUGCAUAAUGGGAAAAUAAAUUUUUAGAAUAGA